AUGCACUCCCGGGCAUGGCAAGAGACUCAACCUGCCCCCGACCUGGUUGUGGUGUACCUGAGUCGAAUUAUUUUUAAGCUGGUUUUAGCUCCUCAAGCUGGUGGUGCCUCCAACAUGCCGGCCAGCUAUGCCGACACACGGUGGCACCACAGUGUCCGUUUCUCUUUAAAGGAGGUUGAUGGAAAGCACCCGUGGAUGUCAAGGCUUGACAUCUCACGGAAGCUCAUCCUGAAAACUCUGAAGUUCACCUCAGACGACCUCAACUGUGUUCUGACCUUACCCUUUAACAAGGGCUUUGACGCUCUGAAUGUGGAGGUGCAAACAGUGCAACAACAGCCUCCCUCCUACCAGCCAGCCUACCUCCCUCCUUCCAGCCUCCCUCACUCCUCCGCGGCUAUGUUCCUGCGUGCUACAGCCUCCCUCCCUCCAGCCAGCCAGCUUCCCUCCAUUCUCCCUCCAGCCAGCCUCCCUCACAGCUCCGCGGCUAUGUCCCUGCGUGCUACAGCCUCUCUCCCUCCAGCCAGCCAGCCUCCCUCAAUCCUCCGCGGCUAUGUCCCUCCGUCCUCCAGGGCCCUCCAGCCUCCCUCCAGCCUCAGUCCGCUAGGGCAGAGCAUAGCCACAGCCACAGAACUUCGCAACCCUGGUAGUCCAAACCUCCCUCACAGCGCUGUGGCAAAGUCCCAUGCCUCUCCAGCCUCCUCACCUCUGUCCUCCAGCCUCAAUCCCCCCCACCAGCAGGUCCCCAGGGACUCCACACUGUCCCAGCAUAGCCACAGCCACAGAAUCUUCGCGCCCCUGGUACUCCAAACCUCCCUCACAGUGCUGUGGCAAAGUCCCACGCCUCUCCAGCCUCCUCACUUCCGUCCUCCAGCCUCCAGCCUCAAUCCGCCCCAGCAGCAGGUCCCCAGGGCCCCCACACUGUCCCAGCAUAGCCACAGCCACAGAAACUUUGCGCCCCUAGUACUCCAAACCUCCCUCACAGCGCUGUGGCAAAGUCCCACGGCGCUCCAGCCUCUUCACUUCUGUCCUCCAGCCUCAAUUCGCCCCACCAGCAGGUCCCCAGGGGGCUCCUCGCCUAAGCCCCACCGCCACUGCCACAGCCACAGAAACUUUGCGCCCCUGGCACCCCAAACCUCCCCUCACAGUGCUGUGGCUAGGUCCCAUGGCGCUCCAGCCUCCUCACCUCCGUCCUCCAUCCUCCAGCCUCAGUCCGCUCCACCAGCAGGUCCCCGGGGGGCUCCACACUUAAGCCCCACCGCCACUGCCCCAGCAUAG